AAUUUAUAGAAAUUGAAACUCCCAUACUUGUCUCAGAGGCUUCGGGAGCUCAGGCUAAGCCUUUUAUUACCCACCAUAAUAAAUUACAAAAAGAUUUUUAUCUGCGCAUUGCUACCGAAAUACCUUUAAAAAAACUCCUAGUUGGCGGUUUCGAAAAAGUUUAUGAAAUAGGUAGAAUAUUUAGAAAUGAAGGCAUAGACGCUCGCCAUAAUCCUGAAUUUACCACUAUUGAAAUUUAUCAGGCCUACGAAAAUGCGGAAUAUAUGAUGAAUUUGGCGGAGGAAUUAUUUCAUUAUUUAGUCCAAAAAGCAUUAAAGAAGAACAGAUUUGAGUUCAAUUCUCAUCUUAUUGACCUCCAAAAGCCUUUCCACAGAAUGUCAAUGAAGAAGCAAUAUGUGGAAAAAGAGUUAAUUCAACCAACUUUUAUUUAUGAUUAUCCGAUUGAAGUUUCACCAUUAGCCAAAAGCAAACUUGAAAAUGAAAAUGUUGCUGACAGAUUUGAGUUAUACAUCGGAGGAUUAGAGUUUGCUAAUGGAUAUAGUGAAUUAAAUGACCCUAUUGAGCAAAAAAAAAGAUUUGAGGAACAAACUAAACAAAAAGCGUUAGGCAAUGAAGAAAUUGCUAGUUUUGAUAAGGAAUUUCUGGAAGCUUUAGAAUAUGGCAUGCCACCGGCGGGCGGAUUAGGUAUUGGAAUAGACAGAUUAAUAAUGUUAUUUACAGGUCAAAAUAGUAUUAAAGAGGCGAUUGCCUUUCCGCAAUCGAAAGCCAAAGAAAAAUUAAAACAAUAUUUAUCAUGA